AUGUUCAUCUUUUCAGUCCUGGUGGCAGCCCUAGCAGCCCUUCCUUGGGCCUCUGCAUCGCCACUGCACCCUCGUUCUGAAUACGCCGUCAAAGAGUCUCAUAACGUUCCUCCUGCCUGGUCCCAUGUUGGCAGUCCUCAUCCUCUACAACGGUUGACCCUCAGCAUCGGCCUGCAACCCAGUAAUUUCGAUCUCCUCGAGCAACACCUCCAUCAAGUUUCCGACCCAUUUCACCAUCGUUAUGGCCAACACCUGUCUCAGGAAGAAGUCCACGACCUUAUCAAACCCUCGGACGAGACGUACCAUCUAAUUCAAGACUGGCUGAGCGACAGUGGCAUCGACCCAUCCCAUUGUGGAAUUAAUUCAGCUCGAGACUGGAUCACAGUUACGCUCCCCGUCCACAAAGCUGAGGAGCUGCUUGGCACCAAAUAUGCCGUCUACCAGCAUCAGGACGGCACCAAACUCAUCCGAACCACCAGCUGGUCUCUCCCACAGUCCCUCCACGACCAUGUCACUACGAUUCAACCAACGACCGCCUUCCUCCGAGCCAAUCCCAAAGCUAGCACCCUCAUUGAUGUCCCCGUUGACGUUGACGUUUCCCAGCUCGCUGCCGCCGCCAAUGCUACCACCAUCAAAAGCUCCUGCAACUUUGGUGGCAUGACGCCUAAAUGCCUGCGAACUCUGUACAACACCAUCAACUACAAACCCCAAGCCCCACAAAAUAAUUCAAUCGCGUUCACCAAUUACCUGGGUCAAGUAUCCAACCGAACCGACGCUCAAACCUUUUUGCGAACCUUUCGUCCUGACGCUGUCGACUCCGCCUACGCCGCCACCCAGAUCUCGGUGAAUGGUGGCGCCGUUGAUAAUGGCACGUCGGGAGCUGGCUUGGAAGGCAAUCUCGAUCUCCAAACCAUCCUUGGACUCGUCUAUCCCACGCCAGUCACCUUGUACUCUACUGGUGGCGAACCCCCCUUCCAACCUGAUGAUUACAGUGAGACCAACACGAAUGAGCCCUACCUGACCUGGCUCCUCUUUCUGCGCGACCAAGACAUCAACACCAUCCCCAAAGUAAUUUCCACCUCCUAUGGUGACCAUGAGCAAACCGUACCCCAAAGCUACGCUAAGAUCGUCUGCAAUCAAUUCGCCGCCUUGGGUGCUCAGGGCAUCUCGCUGUUCUUCAGCUCCGGAGAUUCUGGUGUAGGUGAUAACUCCAGCUGCAUCACCAACGAUGGAACGAAUCGAACCGCGUUCAUCCCUGCUUUCCCCGCCUCCUGUCCAUAUGUCACCACUGUCGGCGGAACUAUGAACUAUCCCGAAGUUGUCGCCUAUGACACGUACAAUUCUUUCGCCUCCGGAGCAGGCUUCAGCAAUUAUUUUGCUCGACCGGCAUGGCAAAACACUAGCGUGGAGAAAUAUCUCGACAUCAUUGGCGACAAGUUCGAAGGGCUGUAUAACCGUUCUGGUCGCGCGUAUCCAGACAUAGCGGCUCAGGGGUACAAGUACCUCGUCUUUCUUGGCCAAGCCGUGAAAAGCGUUGACGGCACGAGCUGCUCCGCUCCAACCAUGGCCAGCAUCUUCUCCCUGGUGAAUGACGCACUUGCUGCAGCGGGUAGAGCCCCUAUGGGCUGGCUCAAUCCCUGGCUCUACAGCACAGGCUUCACGGCAUUUACAGACGUCGUCAAUGGCAGCAGUGUGGGCUGUAACGGACGGGGUUUCAGUGCUGCCAAGGGAUGGGACGUUGCAAGUGGCUUUGGAACUCCUGACUUUGAGAAAAUCUUGGAUGUGCUAGGAGUUGGAAGGUCUUGA